AUGCCUCCCACAAAGCCCAAGGGCGGCAAGAUGAUGUCGCUCAUCAACUACCGCCUGCGCAUCACGCUCAACGACUCGCGCCAGAUCGUCGGCCAGCUGCUCGCUUUCGACGCUCACAUGAACCUUGUGCUCGCCGACUCGCAAGAGUACCGCAAGAUCAAGUCCAGAAAGGCCAAGGCACGCGCGGCUACAGCGGCUGAUGCGGGCAAGGCAACUGCGGAAGAUGACGAGGAUGACGAUGCAGCAAUGGCAGGCGCAGCAGAUGCUGUCCUCGAGCAGAAGAGGACGCUCGGUCUGCUCAUCCUCCGCGGCGAACACAUCGUGAGCAUGGCCAUCGAGGCACCUCCCCCGGCAGACGAUAGAACGCAACCUACAAUGCAGCCCGGCCCUGGCAAAGGUGCGCCGAUGGGACGAGGCAUGGGGUUGGCCGUGCCGCCCAUGGCAGGCGCACCGCCACCCAUGAUGGGCAGACCAAUGCCCUACGCACGUCCACCCAUGCCCGGCGCUCCAGGCAUGCCUGCGCCUGGCGGCAACAUGCCCGUCGGCCCCCCGCCUGGCUUCCGCCCACCGGGCUUCCCCGGCAUGCCAGGCGGACCGCCCCCCGGCUUCCCAGUGGCCCCACCAGGCGGCUUCCCGCCCCGUCCUCCUCCUGGUUUCGGCAUGCCGCCGCGCCCACAAUGA